CCUCUAUUUAACUUGACGCGCCUCUCCUCCGCGCAGUCUCGCAUUGAGGGUGAAGCCGCAUAAACGCGUUUGCAUAACGCGGGCGUGAAGUGCCCCAUGUAGUGGAACGGAGGGGCUUCAGGAGGUGGGUUACCGGCUUCACACCGAGCCUGGCUCUCAGGCACCCGGUGGGGAAGGAGAGAAACAUGUCGAACCGAAAGCACCGGGACAACCAGGAGAUCUGCGCCCGCAAGGUCCGGGAGCUGGCCCAGUCCGGAGUAAACAAACACUGCUUCGAGUGCAACCAGCCCGGGGUUACUUACACCGACAUCACAGUGGGCAGUUUCGUGUGCACGUCGUGUUCCGGAAUGCUGAGAGGCCUCAACCCUCCCCACAGAGUCAAGUCUAUCUCAAUGACAACCUUCUCCCAACAGGAAGUGGAAUUCCUCCAAAACCAUGGCAACGAGGUCGGCAGGAGGACUUGGCUAUGUGUGUUUGACCCAAAGACGGACGGCUGCUCCGACAUGAAGGACUCUCAGAAGUUCAAAGAGUUCCUCCAGGACAAAUAUGAGAAGAAAAAGUGGCAUUAUUCUAAAAGCAAGAACCGCAGGGACGUCGAGGGUCCGUGGAGCCCGGGGGUCCAGGCCAUGCCUGCUUCCCACGGUCCCUUAGUGAACCAGGCCCCGUCCCAUAACCUGCCCCCCAACGCCAGGUCCACAAGACCACUGUCUCAGUCCCAGUUGCCGUCAUGGGAUCGAGCUCCUGCGAUCUCGCCUGCCGACAUGCGGACGGACGUGUUCACGGCUCGUCCAUCGCGCUCCCAGAGCUUCAGAGAUCCCCCUCUGAAAGAUCCCACGCUGUGCGGGAUAGAAAGACAGCGGCCGGGCUCCCUGUCGUCAGCGCUGGGAGCUCAGAGCCACGCCCCCUCCUUCCCCGCCCUCCCACGGCCCUCAGCCAGUAGCUCUUUCAAAAACCACUUCACUUUAGGUCGCACAAUAUCGGCCUCGGGCACCACGGGGCCAUUCAGGGCCUUCCCCAAGUCUCUCAGUGUCGACUUUGGAGGUCUGAACCAUCCCCAGGCGCAGCCUCUGAACCAGUCUCUGUCCCAGCAGCAGCCUGGAGGCGUCGGCCAGACGACAACCCCGGCCAGCAACUCCAACAUCCAGGACAAAUACGCUGCGGUGUUACAGCUGGACAGCGUCUUCUCUGACUCGUCAUCAUCAGCUGCUGCAGCUCCACCUGGUGGCCCUCCACAGUACAGCACCAUCUUCGGCAGCAGGCUCUCGUCCAGCUCGACUCCUGCCAGUUCCCCCGGCGUCGACACAGUCUCCGGCUCCCAGACUUUUGCAAAUUUCCCCAACCCAUUCAGCUCCAGCUCCCAGCAGCCCGUUGCCCUCUCCCCCAGUAACCCCUUCAGCAACGCAUCAGGAGGGGAGUCCAGCGCGUUUGUCACGUCGCCCACGUCCGUUUUUCCUCCUGCCGCCUCCUUCCCAGCACCCGCUACCCAGAAUGCAUUUCCCCACGAGUCGGCCAGCAGUCAGGAAGCCAAUGGUUUUGCCUCAUUCGCUGCGUCCGACUCCGAGUCCAAAGUCCCGCGGCCGAUGUCGGUGAACCCGUUUACAGGGAAUGUUUACCCCAGUCGGGGGACAUCGAGAAAUCCUUUCAUCUGACCCCCUUCCUCCCUCCCUGCACCUAAUGUCACCCACCCAUCCAUCUCUGGGAACCGAGGGAGAAGUGAACUUGAGGAGUCGCUGCCAUUUCAAUGCCUUUGGAGUAUUUUCACACUCUGGGGGAAGGGGGAGGGUUUGACCCCCCCACAACCCUCCUUCCUCUCCCCCUCUCCUCUCUCUGUCUGUGUUUACGUGUUUGUGGUGGGUAAAAGAAAAAACAACAAAAAAGCCUGUGUGAAUGUAAUUAUGAAAUUCAUAUAUGUGUGAGAGUGUGUGUCCCACCCCCUCCCCUCCCCUGCUGUUAAUAUGUGAAAAGGUGCGUGUGUUUGUGUGUGUGUGUGUGCCAGUCGACGCCACCUCAGGGCUCUGUGGGAGUCGCGAGUACACGACAGCCUCUAUGAUUUUUGCAGAAACACACACGUCGCUGCUGCUGUUGCUGCUGCUGCUAAUUUGCUUUCAUCUCCUGUUUCAAAGUGCAAAAAAAGAAAAAAGAAAAAAAAAAACGCCCAGCCUGUCAGUGAACACGUCCUCGUUGUCUUCUCCUUUAAAAACUCUCAGCCGUCCAGCGGAGAAGCCAGUUGAGACUCUGCGACACGAGUUUCUGCAGAUGGUUACAACAGCCUUAACAGCCUCCUGAUGCAUGUUAUUUAGGGUUGGAAGAUAAGACUGGCUUUCCUCUGUAGUGGGUGUGUGGAACACGUUUUGCAUUCUUCACUGUUUGGUUUGUGUUUUGUUUUGUUUUGUUUUGGGGUUUUUUUUGUCCUUUAAAGGAUAAAUCUAUGCUUUCCACUCCUUGGCUGCAUGCGCUUAGAGGGCUAAAAGGAGAUGCUACUGAAUGUAAAAGCAAUUUCAAAAAAUAACUCAUAUAAAUGUGUAUAUAUCUAUAAAAAAAUAUCAUUGCUUCAUGUACCGGACCAAAAUGUUUCUUGCUUUUUUGUUUAUCCUUGGUUUAAACUACAUGGAGGCGAGGUUUCUAUUAAUUUGCCAAAUAAAAAAGAAAGAUUCAUGUAACAACAUAUUUGUAAUGACAAGUAUUCAUGUUCAUAAAAUCAGUUUGUUGCUUCUUAA